AUGACAGUUACAAAACAAAACAUCAACAACAAUAACAGCAACAGCAGUGGCAUAGGUAUGGGUAUGCUUCUGGUGUUGUUCUCCCAAGACAACAAAUCCAACAUCACCGACAAACCCAAACUCACUCUGCUUUCCCCUUCCAAAACCCUCUUAUCAAAAGCACAAUCAACCAUCUCCAUCUGCCUUCUGCUUUUCUUCACCACGCUCCUCCUCUUCACUCUCUCCACCUUCCCUAACACUUCCCUCACCACAAAACCCACUUCACACACCCUUUCACACACCCUUCACACACCCUUCGCGCUCCAACGCAUGGGCACGCUCCACCGCAGAGGCACCAAAUCCAUGUCCGACCUUCUCAUCUCCCACGUCCCCGACGACACUCCACUCGACGACUUCCGCCUCUUCCUCCGCCUCCUCCACCGCUCCUACCUCACUGCCUCUUCCGACGUCGUUUUCCUCUUCCCCUCCCCUUCCUCCUCCUCCAAAUUCACCCCCAUUAUCUCCCAAGAGAACCACGCCUUCUCCACUCUGCUCCAUCUCCACGCGCGCCUCAACUCCACGCGCUUGCGCCAACACCCCAAGUCCUCAUUCCAUCCCAAUCGCUUCAGACAGCAUCAGCAGCAGCAAAAGGAACCUCUUUGGGGUCCCAAGACAAAAACCAACUUAACCGCUUCCUCGCUCGGUUACGGAUCGGUUCUCAGUUUCCACGCCUCCGAGCUUGACCCGGAGAACUCGCUCGCCGGCUUCCUCGACCGCGUCCCUCUCUCUCUCCGCCGCUGGGCCUGCUACCCCAUGCUCCUCGGCCGCGUCAGACGCACCUUCAAACACGUCAUCCUCGCCGACGUCAAAACCCUCUUGAUUCUCAAAGACCCACUCGCCCGACUCAAAACUCCCGGCCCCGACUCGGUCCUUGUGUUCUCCAAACAAGAAAAACACGGCAAGAAAACGCAGCGUGUUGUUUUGUCCUCCAUUAUAAUAGGCGGCGCUCGCGGCGUGCGGCGGCUCUCCGGCGCCAUGGCUGUGGAGAUAGUCCGCGCUGCCACGCAGCACAGGAAGAGGAAAAACCCCGUGACCGAGUACGCCAUACUGAGUCAACUCGUCGGCGGGAGCGGGUUCGUUUUGAAGAAUAGGAAUGUUGAUUUGGUGGCUUCGUCGGAGUCCAUACCCGAGGCCGGUGGGUCUUCCCCGACGUCGUUUUGGGAGUUCGCGAUGGUCCAACGCGGUGUGAGUAAUCACGAUCUUAAUUAUGUCAUCAGAAGGCAAAUGUGUUCGUCUGUGUUGGAUUCUUCUGUCUAUAGAGAUUGUUAA